AUGAUACUUUUCUUCCCAUGGGUCUUCCUUAUCUAUCUAUCUAUCUAUCUAUCUAUCUAUCUAUCUAUCUAUCUAUCAGACUGUUCGUGUAUAUAUGUUCCCUUUCUCUCUUAUUUCAUUAUUUCUAUCUCUCCCUAUCUCUUCCAGUUCAUUUCUAUCUUUCUAAUUCAUUUUGUUUUCAUUCUAUCUAUCUAUCUAUCUAUCUAUCUAUCUAUCUAUCUAUCUAUCUAUCUAUUUCAGUCUUUAUCUAUCUAUCUAUCUAUCUAUCUAUCUAUCUAUCUAUCUAUCUAUCUAUCUAUCAGCCUCUUCAUAUACUCUAUCUAUCUAUCUAUCUAUCUAUCUAUCUAUCUAUCUAUCUAUCUAUCUAUAUAUAUAUUGUAUUCGUAUCUAUCUAUCUAUCUAUCUAUCUAUCUAUCUAUCUAUCUAUCAUGUGUUCAUAUCUAUCUAUCUAUCUAUGUAUCUAUCUAUCUAUUAGUCUGUUCAUAUUUAUCUGAAUUUUGUAACUAUAUAUAUACCUCUCUUUCUCUCUCUAUAUAUCCUAGUAUGUGCAUAUCUAUCUAUCUAUCUAUCUAUCUAUCUAUCUAUCUAUCUAUCUAUCUUCGCAGACUAUUCCAUAUCUACCACAUGCACUGA